CAUCGCCGCUUAUCACGACAAAGCUAGUCACACGUGGGCACAAGCAGUGCUCACUUCCCCCUCUCCCCUCCUGGCUAUAAAAGCCCGAUUCUACGAUCAAUAAACGCUUCUUCUUUUGCUUGCACGGGACUCGUCUCAUUCGGGGAUCGGAGCGCGCGCUGGGUGGAACUUUACGAUGUAACAGUGGCGACGAAGGCGGAAAAAAACCCUCGGAAUCAAGAACGAGCCAGACAACGGAGACCAAGCAGCGGCUGCGGAAAGAAUUGUUCCAAUGGCGCAUCAACAGCUACCGGAUUAUGACGACGAAAGGGACAACUGGAAAGCAUACAUAAUCAAAGCAGAGGCUUACUUCGAAGCGACGGGUAUCAGCGACCAGACCAAGAAGAGGGCAUUGCUUAUCGCGGCGCUGAACACAAGAACCGUGCAAGUGCUCGCAGGAAGGGUGGCACCAAGGAAGCCCAACGCGCUCACCUAUGACGAAGUAGUCAAAACACUGGAUGAUUACUUCGACCCAAAGCGUCACGAAACUACGGAAAGUUUCCGGUUUUUCAACCGCUCUCAAAAGGAAGGUGAGCCUGUUCAUGAAUUUAUUCUGGAACUACGACGCAUUGCCGACAAUUGUAAUUUUGGCACAAUGCUCGAUCGAAUGCUUCGAGACCGUAUUGUAUGCGGUGUACGGUCCAGCGCGUUGCAGAAGCAUUUGCUGGCAAAGGAAAAUUUAACACUGCAGGAAGCGGAAACCAUGGCGCUCGCAGCCGAAGCGGCGGAAAAAGGGGCGGAGAAAAUAAGCUCAGAGCUAACAGUGCUUAACGUUGAUGCGCGACAGAGAACGGGGAACGAGGUGGUGUCAGAAUGCAGCCGGUGUGGCAGCAGCAGGCAUAGCCGCAAUGCUUGUGACUGUACAGGUCUCAGUCUAUGCGGACGUGACUUGAUCGCCCAGAUUUCAAAGUCAGGAAUCCCAAUCUUCAACCUGAGGGCCCAGCCGGACACCCAUUCGGGAACGACCAAGUCUGCCGUAGAGGACAUCCUCGCCGAGUUUCAAGACGUGUUCCAGCCAGAAGUCGGAGUGAUUGAUGGGCCCCCGGCGCGCCUACUACUAAAGGAGGGAGCCACACCAAAAUUUUACCACCAGCCGCUCCUGGGCCUCCUGAAGUCUGACAGGCCUACACCACCACUGGCUGCUGCUCGUAUCCAGCGGUGGGUGUUGUAUCUCAGAGGAUUCCGCUACAGGCUACAAUACUGUCCUGGAUCUACAAAAACGGACGAGUGGACGGUGCCAGCGGACGUCGCCGUUCAUGUCCGUAAUUACGGGCAGGGAGAUAAGUGGACUCCAGGAAGAACCGUAUCCGUAUCCGGCGCCCGAAUGGUCACCAUUGAUACACCUGAGGGACCCGUACGGCGGCACGUUGAUCAGGUGCGCUCGGCCCAGUCAAGCCCGGGGCAGUGUGAACCUAUUCCCGAAAACAAGGAAGAGACAGAACCAUCCACGAAGCAGGUAGUGUCCCCAGUACGACCACCUGUCCAGGGGCCGACGCAAGACACCCCACCUGCAGAUGCUGGCGAAUUGGAUAUCCGGCAGCCGCCAGUGCUGGAAGCGGCGCAGCAGCCGCGUAUUGGCAUGGGACCGAGCUGGUGCGCUGCAAUCCACUCCAAUUGCGCCAGGCCCACACUCUCCAGCACCUUGCAGGCUGCAGAGCUGAGGGAGACUGUCCUGUACGAAGACAGUGCUGUGGCAGGCUUCCGUGGCUUCAGGAUCGGCGCUACCACUGCUGCUCGCCAACUCUCUGCACUCCAGGAACCCUUGCCGACCGGCAUCCUCCAGAUUCCACAGCAUCUGGAAUGUAAUGCCAUCAGCUCCAAGCCUGCUCCGGCGCUUGGUCCUGCUGAGUCCUGCUUCCAGCUCGUGUAUCCGAAUGGGCUCGCUACACAGCUGUGCAGCCACCUAUCCUGGAUGAUGGCAGGAGGCAGGAUAUUGCAGUGCAGCAGCCGGUGGUGGUGUGGCCAGCAUAGCAGGUACUCAGGCAGCAAACCUGUCCGCCAAGAGCUCCGCCAGGGCAGCAGCGCUGAUGCCCAGGCACUUCAGCAGGCGCCACGCACGGGUACCAUCCUGGCUUCGGCUGAUAGAAGAGGAGACGCCCUCCCGGUUUUGGCGCCGGCGUCUCCGUGCGUGGCUCCUGCAGACGGCAUCCACUCGGCGGUACUUAGUCCAAAGCUCCGGCCGGGCAGUGCGCAAUGCCUGGUGUUAUUCCGCUCGCAGGGCCAGGUGCCGCAAGUCCGGAACCGGCUGGCCCACCUGUGCUGUCGUGCUGACAGUUGCGGCCCUGAUGCUAUCGACCACCAGCUGGAGGAAAUCUCUGCUGGAGGUGUCCUGAUGGCAGAGCCGUCUGAAGGCCCGCCAGUUCACGAUGUGGCACUUCCGACUCAGGCGCAGUUCCUCAGCAGCUACGUACACCUCCUGCAGAGCAACCACAUUAUACUCGCUCUGAAGGUGAUGUAG